UAUAAUCGCGAUAUUGGUGAAUUUGACUCGAAAAACUCGAAACAAAAGAUUUUACCAGCUACUCGAGCAGUUUCCUUCAUAUGCAACGUAUCCUUUUAUAGGAAAUGCGCAUUUAUUUGCAGGAUCGAUGGAAAAUCUACUACAAAAAGUGGAAAAAAUAAUGCAACCAUAUGACCGUCUAGUGUACUGGUUGGGCCCCGUGCCAGUAUUGGUAUUGACAAAAUGUGACGAUAUUGCGACAAUUCUAAAUCAAAGCGUUGAUCGUGAUGACCUCAGAACGGCACAUGAGUGUCUAGGAAUAGGAUUACUGACAGCCAGAUGCGAAGAAUGGAAAAAAUCUAGAAGAAUUUUAACUCCGGCAUUUAGUUCGGAUAUGCUACUUAAAUACAUCCAAGUCUUCAAUGAAAAUGCAUCAAAUGUAGUCGAGGAGUUCAAGUCAGCUGCAGAUCGCGGUGAGGAAAUAGACGUCUUGGACUGUAUAACUAAUUUGAAUCUGGAUGCCAUCAUAAGUAAGAGUAAUAUCGAACAAAAGUGA